CUGCAAACAAGUCUGAGAAGCAUAGUUCUGAUUCAAGGCGAUCAACUUCGGAGCAACAAAAUGGCGCUCGUUACUUCUGCUGGCUUUCGUGCUGCUUCGUGUCAUGCAGGUUCUGUGUCUAUCGCCCAGAGGCUUCAGAGCGGCAGCCAUGCAUCCAGCUCUCCACGAUGCUCCCCGCCGAGCCCAACAUCCGUAAGAGACAGGAGACAAGGGACAAAAUUGCAGGAGGAUUUUCCUGCGGCGUGGCUGAGGCAGGAGCUUUUCCCAAUUAAAACUGGCACUUUGCGACAGUCAGGGGGCGGUGCAAGGGCGAGAAGUAGCAACACCGGCAGUGGCUGGCAGCAGUUGCCCACCAGGGCAGCCUCAGCUGGGAAUGAGCCGCCCCAGGAAAAGAGCAGCAGUAGUCCCAGGGUGGCAGGCAAAACGCCAGAGCAGCCGUCUCCUGGGGCUCCGUCAGAAGCACGGAACGGUAGGCCCGAAAAUGGGCCAAUUUCGGCACUCAUGGAUACGGGCGAAAAGAUUUUCUGGGACUUCGAGAUUGACAGCAGUUCUGGCAUGGACGGAGGCCCUGCCGUGGAUGAGGGGGCUGCGUUGGAGGAGGAGCCGGAGGAGAGCGUCGAGGACCUGCUGGCGGGGCUGGACGGCACCACGGUCAUUGAUGAGUUGAAAGAGGAGGAGGACAUCGACAGGCGCUUCAAGAAGACAAGCAGCGGGCGGGAGGUGUUUUACGAGCGCACGUUUUUGGUGGGCGUGGACCAGAAGGGCGCGGCCAGCCUGGGGUGGACCGUGGCGGACAGCCUGGAGGAGCUGGCGCAGCUGGCCGACACCGCGGGCCUGCGCGUCGUGGGCACCACGCACCAGAAGCUGGAACACCCCAACCCCAAGACCUACGUCGGCUCCGGCAAGAUCAAUGAGAUUGCGCGGGCUGUGGAAGCGUCCGGCGCUGAGACUGUCGUGUUUGAUGACGAGCUGUCCCCCGGCCAGCUGCGCAACCUGGAGAAGGUGUUUGGCGACAGCGUGCGCGUGUGCGACCGCACGGCGCUCAUCCUGGACAUCUUCAGCCAGCGCGCAGCCACCAAGGAGGGCAAGCUGCAGGUCGAGAUGGCGCAGGCCGAGUACCAGCUGCCGCGCCUCACCCGGAUGUGGACGCAUCUGGAGCGGCAGAGCGGAGGGGGCCAGGUGAAGGGCAUGGGUGAGAAGCAGAUCGAGGUGGAUCGCCGCCUGCUCAAGACGCGCAUCACGCAGCUGCGCCGGGAGCUGGAGUCUGUGCGCGACCAUCGGCAGCAGUACCGCGACCGCCGCGCCGCCACCCCCAUCCCCGUCAUCUCCCUGGUUGGCUACACGAACGCGGGCAAGAGCACGCUGCUGAACCGGCUGAGCGGCGCGGGCGUGCUGGCGGAGGACCAGCUGUUCGCCACGCUGGACCCCACGACGCGCCGGGUCAACCUGCCCAACGGCAAGGAGACGCUCUUCACCGAUACCGUGGGCUUCAUCCAGAAGCUGCCCACCCAGCUCGUGGCGGCGUUCCGUGCGACGCUGGAGGAGAUCAGCGAGGCGUCGCUGCUGCUGCACGUGGUGGACGUGAGCCACCCGAUGGCGGGGCCGCAGGUGGCGGCCGUGGAGGCCGUGCUGGCGGACCUGGACGUGGGCCACAUCCCCAUCCUCACCGUCUGGAACAAGGUGGACCGCGUGGCGGACCCGCUGCGUGUGAUCGCCCAGGCAAUGGCCCGCGAGAACACGGUGGCCAUUUCGGCGCUGACGGGGUACGGCCUGCCCGCCUUCCUGGACUGCGUGGAGGCCAUGAUCAAGGACACGCUGGUCCGCGUGGAGGCGGUGGUGCCGUACCGGAAUGGCGACCUCCUGGACGUCAUCCACCGCCUGGGGGUCGUCGAGUCGGAGGAGUAUCUGGAGGAGGGUACGCUGGUGCAGGCCUACGUGCCCCUGUCGCUUUCACGGAAGCUGAUGCCGUUUAGAUCGCAAGUACAGAAGCUGGAGCCGCGGGUGUAGACGCGGACUCAAGUGCAUUCGAAUAUACGACUUCAGAUUCUACGACUCUACCGGAAGAAGCCGACUAGGGAAUGAUUGAGCAUCGUU